UGAGUGUGAUGUCAGGUGGCCCAGCACAUCCUAUGGAUACCUCCUCCAUAGGAGUGGGGGCGGGUCCGCAGACAUGCAGGGAAACCACAGACAGUUACACAGAAACCUGUAUCUGCUGCUUACUCAUAUCAGACGUCUGCGCUGUAUCACCAGAAUCUAAAUAGACAUGCUUCGGCUUUGCCACUCUCGCGGAUCUCAGUCGGUCCCUGAAGGGAAGGGGCGGGCGAGAGUGGUGGGGGUAGAGGGCACAGACAUGGGAAGAGCCGAGAGAGGAGGGAGGGAGCAGGCAAGAGGUAGUGACUCCGUCGUCAACGGAGUUUGGAACCAGCUGUGAGAGUCUCGUCAAAACUAUCCGACAGGUUUUGAAAGCUCUCUUGUUCAGCAAGGAACUCCGAACUCCGCUCCGCCACCUCCGUCUCAGAUGACCCCCAGCAGGUCCCGUACACAAGGUCGGCCUUGGCCGAAGAUGCCCACGGCUCUGGUGGUGACUGGGCCGCCCGCGGUGCUGGUGUGGAUCGUGGUGGUCGUGGAAUCCGCCGGAGAGAAGUGUCAGAUCAGCGGCACGGUGGUGGAUUGCUCCGGCCGCUCACUGUUUUGGGUCCCUGAAGAGCUGCCACAGGACACACAGGUCCUCGACCUCUCCUACAACAGGAUAGCGGCCAUACGGGACCCGGACUUCGCGCGACUGCCCGAUCUGCGGGUCCUGAAGCUGAGUUACAACAACAUCUCCUGGUUGGGCCCGGCUGCCUUUGCCUCCAAUCCCUGGCUGGAGGAGCUGAACCUCUUCAACAACUCAUUGCGCUCCAUACCCGGCACUGUUCUGGCCCCGCUGACAAGAUUGGUCCGCCUCGAACUCUCCAACAACCUGUACCGUGCGGCCAGUCUGACCCCGAUCUUUGGGAACCUCUCCAACCUCCGAGACCUCUCUAUCGGGGGAGACCAGAUCCAGUCCAUGCGGAAGGGCGACCUCUCCCCGCUGAGCCGCAUUUCCCUUGACCGCUUCGCCCUGAAGACCGGGUCCGGCUUGAAGGAGUACGAGCCGGGCUCCCUCUCCGAACUGAGGUCGUGCACCGUGUGGACGGACAUCGCGGUGGACAGCCGGCCCUGGCUCCUGCCCGCUUUUCUGUCUGACCUCUUCAACACACGGGCCACCUCCCUCCGUCUCCGGCGCCUCUUCGCGUUCACCUACUAUACGGGCGACCAAGACCUUUUCCGCGGAUUGCGAGAGUCGCCCAUCCGCAACCUCACCUUCUUCCGCGGCAAGUUCAGCGAGAAAUUACUCGGCUGCAUCCUGCGUAACCUGCGGGGCUCGGCGGUGCUCAACCUGACGCUGGACUCCAUCGACUUCGCCCGCUCGCCCAACAACAGCGACGACCUGCCCGACGUCUUGGGGCUGCAGCUUGAACGCCUCGCCCUGAGGGAGAUCAGCAACCCGGACGUGCUGGUAUUCAACCGGGGCUUCGGCUGGCUGGCAGGGGUCCGCACGUUGCUCAUCAACGAGAUCAGUUUUAACUACGUUCCGUGCGGGGCGUGGCAGGAGAUGAAGCGGGCGCAGCUGAUCGACAUCUCUCGCAACGGAUUGCGCGACGAGUACAUCUACAACCGGCGCUGCCAGUACGUGGGCACCAUGCAGAAUCUGGAGGAAUUCCGCCUGAGCACAAACCUGAUCAGUAGCCUGCGGCCUGUGGCUCUGCUGACAGCGAACUGGCCGCUUCUCACUACCAUCGACCUGAGCUACAACCAGAUCGUCGACUGCGAGCCGCCCUGCGUCUGGGGCCCGAUCCUGAGCAGUCUCGUUCUGCACCACAACCCAGUCAGCCCCUCCACGUUCGCCUGCCUGCCCUUCACCCUGCGCUACCUCGACCUGUCCCACUGCCAGCUGGAGCGGCUGGAACCCGGCUGGUUCGUUCGCGCCUCUAACCUCAGCACACUGCUGCUCGGCGGAAACCGCCUCAAGUUCAUCCCGGCCGACUGGUCGGCGCCCGGCCUGCAGAGGCUGGAGCUCGACGGCAACUCGUUUGGCGCCAUCGGGCCCGGCACCUUUCGCCUGAUGCCCCGGCUUAAGACGCUAGGGGCAGGCGACAACCCCUACCACUGUACUUGCGACCUGCACCGCUUCGUUUCCGAGGCGCGCUCUGGCCAGCUGCGACUCUUGGGCUGGCCCGCCCGCUACGUAUGCUACCACCCUCCCGAGCUGGUCGACACCCAGCUGGCCGACUACUCGCCGGGCCGCCUACGCUGCGAGGUGUGGCUGGCGCUGGUUAUCGCUGUCUCGGCCACGGCGCUGCUGACGGUGGGCGUCACGCUUCUCUGCUGGCGCUACGACCUGCCGUGGUACGCGCGGGCCACCUGGCAGGUGGUGAGCUCCCGCUACCGCAGUUCAGAGAGGUCCCGGGAUCCCGCCGGGUACCGCUCCCCGCCAGCCUUCCACGCCUUCGUGUCGUACAGCCGGGCUGACGCAAACUGGGUGCGGGAGCAGCUGUUGGCGCGGCUGGAAGGGGGUCGGAGCCCGUACCGGGUCUGCAUCCACGAGCGGGACUUCACCCCGGGCCGCUGGAUCAUCGACAACAUAAUUGAGAACAUGGAAGGUAGCCGCAAAGUCCUCUUCGUUCUGUCCCGCAGCUUCGUGGACAGCGAGUGGUGCAACUACGAACUGUACUUCGCGCACCAACGGCCGCUGAGCCGUUCCUUGCACGAUACUGUUCUCCUGCUGAUGGAGCCAAUCUGUCCCCGCUCUCUGCCCAGCCGCUUCUGCCGGCUCCGCCGCCUCCUCGACUCCCGCACCUACCUGGAGUGGCCCUCCGAGCCCAGCCGCCAGCCCUUCUUCUGGGCCCAGCUCAGAAACCUACUGGGUAAGCCCGAAGACGUGGCAGCGUCCCAGCCCAGCUUCCGUUCCCUUCACGUCCCGCCCGGAAGUCUACAGAAUGGUCCGGAAGGUCCCCUCCCCGGCCUCCCGUAAUCUCCAUAAGGGGUACAGCCCUUUAGGCCCAAACUCGUAUCCUCUCAGCUAAUCCCGUUGGGUCCAUAUUCCUCUCAACUUCUGCCAUCCAUCUUGUUGUCCGAGUUGCAGUUGUGCGUGCCUCGACCGCCAGGCUCGACCGAUUGCUUGAUUAUUGUAACAGGUAGCGAGGAACAGUGAGGAACUUCGUUUUGCGCGCAUCCAUGCAGAUAAUUUUCUUACAGUGUAUUGAGAUUGUACAAGGGGAAAAGCAACAAGCGACUGCAGAAUGAAGUGUUUCAGUUACAGAGAAAGUGCGGUGCAAGGGCUACCCGAGGUGAAAGGUACAUCUUAUCCAUUCAGUAACAGUGAGAGAGGGGCUGUUCUUGUAUGUACUGUAUCCGGAUGGGCGGUGUUGUGGACAGUGUAGAAGGUUGCCUAAAGAUACAAAGACGGGUGAAGAAACGGCAGAUGUGGUUUAAUUUGGCCAAAUAUGAUCGUUGGGGGGGGGGAGGAUCAAUCGUAAAGGCACUGUACAAUGUUAAUGGAAAGACCCUUAACAAUGUUGUUAAGCAGAGGGAUCUUGAGGUCCAAGUCCACUGGUCCCCGAAAGUGGCAGCACAGGUUGAUAAGGUCAUGAAGAACGGCAUUAUGCACUCUUCCCUUUAUUAGUCGGGCCGCUGCGUUCCAGAGUUGGGAAGUUCUGUUGUUGCUUUAUAAAACUCUAGUUAAGCCGCAUUGGGAGUAUUGCAUACAGUCUGUAUAGGAAGGAUGCACAGGUUCACAAAGUUGCUGCUUGGAUUACAGGGUAAGAAGAGUUUAGAUAAUUUUGGGUUGGUAUCUCUGGAGCGGUGGAAGCUGAAGGGAGGUGUGUAAGAUUAUGAGCGGCAUGAACAGGGUCGACAGACGCCAUCUUUUUUUUCAGGGUUGAAAUGUCUAAUUCUAGAGUUUUUACAUUUCAGGUGGUGUGGAGGUAAAUUUUUACAGAAUGGUGGGUGCCUGGGGUAAUAGGCACGUGAAUGCGCCAGAAGGGGGUGUGACUACAGGUUGGUGAGUGAGGGGACACGUGAGACACAGAAUCUAAUGAGAAUCCCGGAGCUCACCAACAGACUGGAUGCUCUCUUUGGAGAGGAAGGAGCAGUUGAUUGGGUUAUUAUUGUCACAUGUUACAGUGCGCCGCUCCGAGUCUCCUGGAUCUUUGCCCGGUCACGGAGAUCCUCCCACCGCCUCUCCUAUGUCUCUGCCUGGCGUAGAGAGAGUGAAUCUUUCUGUGGCCGUUUACACCGAACACCAGUUUUGAGGGGGUGGCUGGGGGAUCGUAGCGCGGUGGAGGUGGGUGAGGGAGGACUCUUGCUCUGCACAGGUGAAUGGUCUAUUGGAAGAAGACAUAACUGAGGUGUUUAUCUGACCACACGAGCCUUGCCGGUCCUCUCCCUGUGCCCACUGUGUGGGGGGGGGGGGGCGCGGUAGAAUGAGGUCCAUGAACUCUCUGCCUGCAGUUUUUUUCACCCCACAGACGCUGCCCGGCAUCUGCAAGUUUUAAACUCCGACAGACAAGAUCUCCACCCUCUUCUGCUGUGUGGCAGUGGAGGGGCCUCGAGUAGUAUUACCUCUUACUAUGGAUUUCCAGCAUCUGCGGAACCUCUUGUGUGUAUAAUACUUGUUAUCAGAUCUGUUCAAUGUUCUAUAUUUAUAUAUUUUUAAGUAUUUUAUGAAUAAAGUAUAUUUUGAAA